CUCUCUCUUCUAGGGUUUUCUUCCCCUCUCAUAGCAUUCUCCACCUAUUCUCUCUUUUCUCAGCAGAAAAGUGAAAAUCCAAAGAAGGGAAGCUUCUCUGCUCGAAUACUCACCACCAACAUGAGCAAGCAGCAAGGCGACAUCAACGUCUCCGAUCUUGGCUCCUCCCUUCCUGCCGCCGCCGCAGCUCUCAGCGCCGAGGAUCGAGCGGGCCUCGUUAACGCUCUUAAGAACAAGCUGCAGCACUUGGCGGGGCAGCACUCGGACGUCCUUGAGACUCUAUCUCCGAAGGUCAGGAAGCGUGUCGAGGUCCUCCGCGAGAUCCAGAGCCAACAUGAUGAGCUGGAGGCAAAAUUUUUUGAGGAGAGAGCGGCACUUGAAGCUAAGUACCAGAAGAUGUAUGAUCCAUUGUAUGCAAAGAGGUAUGAAAUUGUGAACGGUGUUGUUGAAGUGGAAGGUGUCACAAAUGAACCUGCAGAGGGAACACCUACAGAGGAUAAAGCUAUAGAAGAGAAAGGAGUACCAGAUUUUUGGCUCACUGCAAUGAAAACCAACGAAGUGGUUGGUGAGGAGAUUUCUGAGCGCGAUGAAGGGGCUCUCAAGUAUCUCAAAGAUAUCAAGUGGUUCAGAAUUAAUGAUCCCAAGGGCUUCAAGCUCGAAUUCUUCUUUGAUCCUAACCCAUACUUCAAGAACACUGUUCUAACAAAGACAUAUCACAUGAUUGACGAUGAUGAACCUAUUCUCGAGAAGGCCAUAGGGACGGAGAUUGAAUGGUAUCCUGGAAAGAGCCUAACACAGAAGGUUCUGAAAAAGAAGCCAAAGAAGGGAUCAAAGAAUGCCAAGCCCAUCACAAAAACUGAACAAUGUGAUAGUUUCUUCAACUUCUUCAAUCCACCGCAAGUCCCGGAUGAUGAUGAUGAUAUUGAUGAAGAGACAGCUGAGCAGCUUCAGAAUCAAAUGGAGCAGGAUUAUGAUGUUGGGUCAACUAUUAGGGAUAAAAUCAUUCCCCAUGCGGUUUCAUGGUUCACGGGUGAGGCUGUUCAAGCGGAGGACUUUGAAGACAUAGAAGGGGAGGAUGAUGACGAGGAUGAAGAUGGGGAGGAGGAUGAAGAUGAGGAGGAUGAUGAGGACGAUGAAGAGGAUGAGGAUGACGAAGAUGAAGAUGAAGACGAGGGCAAGAGCAGGAAGAAGCAGGGGGCAGGUAGACAGAAGAAAAGCGCAGCCCAACUUGGGGAAGGAGGUGAGCGGCCUCCUGAGUGUAAGCAACAGUAGUGUUGCUCUGGAAUAGAUUGUAUGCAGAUCAAGAGCAGUGAAUGAUUGAAGGGGCGUCUUUCUUUUCUUUCCUUUCUUUUUUUUUUUUGGUUCUCCUAUUGUCACAAUCUAUAUAUGGAAAGAGAGAAGGGUAGAGGUGGGAGUGAGGGGAGGACUCAAAAAAGUUUUGGUGAUUCUUUUUUUUCUUUUUUCUUUUUUUAAUCUAGUGUUAUUAUUAUUAUUAUUAUUAUCAUCAUGGGUCAUUUGUUUCAUGUUUGGGAAAAUAUGGGGUUAGAUCAGUGAAGGAUACUUUGCUACUAGUUUUGAAAGGGAUAGGAGUCCUCUCUUGGGUUGUCAUGGUUCACCAACUGGAUUGGUAAGUAUUUACAUGCUUUGUUCGUCUGUUAUUAA